AUGAAACCAAUAUUUCGUGGUGUCUUAAUAAUGAAAUAUACAGACAAUUAAGAGGAAAUUACUCUUGAUUAACUGAAGGAAUAUCUGAAAGAGUCAGGAAAUUACAAUGAAGAAACAUUUUCUCAAAAUGUAGAUAUUUUCCAAUAGUUGAUCGAUGAUCUCAUCUAAAAUGAUUCAGAGCAAACCUAUGAGCAAUAUGGAAUCUCACCCUAAGAAUUACACUAGACAUGGUUAACUGAGAAAGAUAGAGUGUUAUCCUAUUACAUAAAAAAGAGGACCCAAGGAUAAAAAAUUGAAAAAUUUCAGUGGUCAGUUAAUAACCAAUUCUACUCAAAAAAAGCAAAAAACAUAAAUAAACCUGUUUGCAUUAUGAAUCUUAAGUCUAAAGAUGUCGUGAAUAAAACUUAUAAAUUUCAUACAUUCGAGAUAAAUGAAGAGGAUUUAAAUUAUAUAGAAGAUCAAAUGAAAAAAAUAGAGUAAACUAUAAAUGCAUUGCUUUUGUGAUGAAUCAUAAAACCAAUAUCAAUAAUCUAUAAUUAUUUAAUUUUUAUACUA